AUGGCGCACCAGGGACCAUACACUUUUCCAGAGCAUUAUAAAGCCCACUGCUCCUCUAUAGAUACAGUGUCAGCUGUUGUCGACGAGGCGGACCAAUCUGAUCACAUUGAGUACUUCCAAGGCUACGUCCAAUUUUAUGAGCGCGGCUUGCCGAGCGAAUUGCCAGCAGAAGUCAAGAAAAGUAUUCUUGAAAAACCAGACAUGUUUGAGCGAAGUCACGAUGCGAACUCAUUCGAGCACGAGCAGCUGGAAUGCAGGAAGGCGCUAGUUCGACAUCGUCUUUCUGAGCUCAAGCAAUAUCAAAAUCGGUGGGUACGGGAGAAAAGAGACCAGAAAAUCAUCAACCGGGGAAAGGAAGAGCCGGCGCAUUUGGAGAAUGACAUUUGCACACGCGCUCAAAUGUUGAUUAUGCCCGAGGUUGCGCGAAUCGCAACAGCCAUGUCCUGCACCAAAGAGCUUUCUUUUGACGAAAAACUUCUUUUUGUCCAAGAUCUACAGACUCAGUGUGUCCCUGAUUUUGAUGUGGUAUACCUCCCAAAUGAAAGCCCAGUUCAAGGUCUCUGUCAUGUAAAAGGUUGCCCAAAUCAAUAUCGCAAGGUGAGCGCCCCGAUCUGA